AAAAGACAAAGGAGGAGAAGAGCGUGGGAUGAUAGGGACGGUUAAGACAAGGGGAGCGCACACACACGCGCGCGCGCGGAGGUGUGACGUCAAACUGGAGCGUAGCUGACACGCUCGCCCCCCGGUGCCACUCGCUGACCAGUCUCCCGCUCUCUGCAAAUCAACUCCACGCGGGUGCUACUGCACGCCCUUUUUUUAAAAAAAAAAAAACACUGUAGGAGGAGUAAGAGGAGGAGAAGGAGAAAGAGCCAAACCCGGGAGGUCUCACGCGGAGAGAGACGGCUCGCGGGAGGACGAGGAACUGGAGGAGGAGGAGGAAGGAGGCUUCGCUCUCUGUCAGCCUCGCGCGCAUAGCACGCGGAGGCAGAAGGCAUUACUUACUGGACGCUUCCCAUGGAGACGCUCUCCGUCUCGCGCGCCGUCCUCUCAGAGAGAAGCGGAUAGGAUUGUGACGGAGGGCGGCUCUCUCAGAUCUCACAGCCAGGUGUUGCAUUCCCCCCCCCUCCCCCGUUUCGAUGGGGAGGCCUGAGGAGGGUUGAGUGGCUCGCGCUCUCGACUUUAAUCUGGAGCCUCGCGCGCAACAACAAGUUGAUAUUUCUGAGUCGUCGCCGAGUUUCUAAGAGAACAAGAUUUUUGGAUGUUUUUUCGUGUUUUUUUUGCUCCUCUCUGAGUUGCUGACCUCACCGCUGUCUGGAUCUGUGUGCUCGCGUGUGUGUGUGUGUGUGUAGAAGACAGAAGACUGGAAUUAACGUGAAUAUUCGUGCUGCAGGCGCAGAUAGGACAGCCAUGGCACGGUAAAGCGGACCGAGCUGUGCCAACGACGCACGAGCCAUUUGGAAAUCUGGUCUCUGUGCCGCGUGCACUCCUCGUGUCCCCGCCUCGUUUUUCCCGCUCCUGGAUUGCCGCGGCACCCCGAUGGUGCGGACGGUUGGUGGCUCGAGCUUGGACACGCCACUCGGUGAUUGUUGUUGUUUUGUUGUUGUUAUUGUUGUUUUGAGAUGCUUCUGACGAUGCGCGCGGUUCAUCUUGGAGAUGUUUUUCCUUUCCAGUAGGAUUUCUGUGCGGGUUUUUUUCGUUUUUGGAAUCGUUCGCGCGACAAUGACCUCCAACCCAAGAGAGAAGCACGCGCCCCCGGUUCAGUGCGCACGAGAGGACGUUGUCUCCCCCAAAAUCGCCGAGCUCCUUAACGCGCGGGAAGGGUGGGUUACGAGCCUGUAAUCAGUGCGGCGAAGACACACACAGACAAACGGGACCAGCGCGCGCGGCGGCAGCUGCCAUGGAGCUGUCAGAGGUCCGGUGCUCCAGCGCGAGCGAGGAGCUGUACACCAUCAACAAGACCCCGAGCAGCAGCAACAACAGCAACAGCAGCGGCAGCGCGCGACCCAAACGGCUGCUGUGGCAGAACGCGGUGCGGCACAUCACCGAGCAGCGCUUCAUCCACGAGCAGGGCGGGGGAGGGGUGAAGGGCAUCGGGCCGGACGAGCCCUACGACCCGAGCCAAGGGGCGCGGAAGCAGUCGGCAGGGCGGACGUCGGUGGGAGACCGGCACAACAACGGCGGGACCAAAGUGUUCCCGGAGCGCGCCAGCAGCGACCUGGGCUUCCUGCAGAUCGACUGCGCGCCGAGCAACUCAGACUUCUUCCUGAACUGGGGCUACACGUAUCGGGGCGUGAUCUUCCCCACGCUGCGCAACUCCUUCAAGUCCCGCGACCUGGAGCGGCUGUACCAGCGCUACUUCCUGGGCCAAAGGCGCAAGUCGGUGGUGGUGAUGAACAUCCUGGACGUGGUGACCAAGCUCACCCUGCUGGUGCUGCACCUCACCCUGGCCUCCAUCCCCAUGGACCCCAUCAAGGGGACGCUCCUGGGCUUCUUCACGGGCAUCGAAGUUGUUAUUUGUGCCUUAGUGGUGGUGCGAAAGGACACCACGUCGCACAGCUACUUGCAGUACAGCGGCGUGGUCACCUGGGUGGCAAUGGCCACGCAGAUCCUGGCGGCAGGGCUGGGCUACGGGCUGCUGGGCGACGGGGUGGGGUACGUUCUCUUCACUCUGUUCGCCACCUACAGCAUGCUGCCGCUGCCGCUCACCUGGGCCAUCCUGGCCGGCCUGUUCACCUCGGGGCUUCACAUCCUGGUCCAGCUGCUCAUCUCCAAGAAUGUGCAGCUCUCCAGCAACCAGAUAGCAGCUCAGGCUGUGUUGUUCAUGUGCAUGAACACUGCUGGGAUAUUCAUCAGUUACCUGUCUGACCGCGCUCAGCGUCAGGCCUUCCUCGAGACGCGGCGCUGCAUCGAAGCUCGGCUGCGACUCGAGACAGAGAACCAGAGACAGGAACGACUGGUGUUAUCAGUCCUGCCUCGUUUUGUAGUUUUGGAAAUGAUCAACGACAUGACAAAUGUAGAGGACGAACACCUCCAGCAUCAGUUUCACAGAAUCUACAUCCACCGCUACGAGAAUGUCAGCAUUCUUUUCGCAGAUGUUAAAGGCUUCACAAACCUCUCCACGACGCUGUCAGCGCAGGAGCUGGUGCGAAUGUUGAAUGAACUCUUUGCACGCUUCGACCGCCUCGCACAUGAGCAUCACUGUCUACGAAUAAAGAUCCUUGGAGACUGUUACUACUGUGUGUCUGGUCUGCCGGAGCCUAGGCCGGACCACGCCCACUGCUGCGUGGAAAUGGGCCUCAGCAUGAUCAAAACCAUCAGAUACGUGAGAUCACGGACGAAACACGACAUCGACAUGCGUAUUGGGAUCCACUCCGGCUCGGUACUGUGCGGCGUGCUGGGACUCAGGAAGUGGCAGUUCGAUGUCUGGUCCUGGGAUGUGGACAUCGCCAACAAGCUGGAGUCUGGAGGCAUCCCAGGGAGGAUCCACAUCUCUAAGGCAGCUCUGGAUUGUUUAAACGGUGACUACGAGGUGGAGGAAGGCCACGGGAAGGACCGCAACGACUUCCUUCGCCGCCACAACAUCGAGACGUACCUGAUAAAGCAGCCCGAGGAGAGUCUGCUCUCCCUGCCGGAGGACAUCAUGAAGGAGGCGGCCAGCUCGGCCGACCGUCGAGCCAGCAGCGCUACCUUUAACGAGGCCUCGUGGAGCCCCGAGCUCCCCUUUGACAACAUCGUGGGGAAGGAGAACACUCUGGCUGCCCUAACGAGAAAUUCGAUAAAUCUGCUUCCAAACCAUCUCGCACAAGCUUUGCAUGUCCACUCUGGUCCUGAGGAAAUUAACAAGCGAAUAGAGAGCGCCAUCGACUUACGGAGUGGCGAUAAGUUGAGAAGAGAGCAUAUCAAGCCUUUCUCACUGAUGUUUAAAGACUCCAGCCUGGAAGAGAAGUAUUCACAGAUGAGGGACGAGGUUUUCAAAUCCAACCUGGUGUGCGCCUUCAUUGUGCUCGUCUUCAUCACAACCAUCCAAAGCCUGCUACCCUCUGCCAGCAUGGUAACCAUGGUGAUCCAGUUCUCGGUCCUCAUCAUCCUCCAUUCCUGCCUGGUCCUAGUUACGACAGCGGAGGACUACAAGUGUCUGCCUCUGGUCCUGAGAAAAGCCUGCUGCUGGAUAAACGAAACCUACGCGGCACGAAACGUCAUCAUUUUCGUCUCGAUCCUCAUCAACUUCCUGGCAGCCAUGAUCAAUAUCCUGUGGUGCGACUUCGACAAGUCCAGUACCUUCAGGAACCAGACGUACAACGAAUCGGCCUCCAUCCCAGACAUCUGCUUCUACCCAGAGUAUUUUGUAUUCACUGGAGUGCUGGCGAUGGUGACGUGUGCGGUGUUCCUGCGACUGAACUCCGUGCUGAAGCUGGCAGUGCUGCUGGUGAUGAUCGCCAUCUACUCGCUGCUGACUGAAGCCUUCUACACGUCGCUGUUUGUUCGCUACGACACCGUCCACCACAACACAGAAAACUUCCUGGGAACCAAAGAGACGUCUUUACUCCUGAUGGCCAUGUUCCUCCUCGCCGUGUUUUACCACGGCCAGCAGGUAAGACCACGCCAGCUUUAACUGUGUCCUAAUCAGUGAAGGAAUGGCAAUUUACACAUUUAGAUUACUGAUUCAUCACCUAUGAGUGGAUUUGUUAUGGGCUGGUGAUUGAGUUAGAGGACUUCUUGGCUAAAUAUUGUUAUUAUCUACACCCAUGCAGCUGAUUUUUGUGUCUUAUCAGGUGGAUUAGCUUGUUUUUCUAAGCAUCAAAAUGUAUGAUUAAAGGUGACUGAAGGGCAUGGAUAAAAACAAAAACUGUGACGGUUCCUUUAAAGGAUAGUAACAGAAAUAACCAGAGUACAGUGGGCGUGAGGAACCCAGCAUCUUUCCUGUUGCUAUGCAACGGUCUAAUUAGAGUUAUCAGCUAACGUGAAGUAAAAAUAACAGAAGAAGAUGACAAACAGUUGGAGUUCAGAUGUGUCCAAACAUGAUGACAUAAACGGUUAACGACCUGCCACAUUUAACUGGCCUCUGAGAAACUCAAAGCAAAAAACUGUCAUUGCAUCCUUUAAAAAUGUGAAUCACUCUUCCAGCUGUGGAUGCUGUGGAAUCUCAAAUAUUUUGUUUCCAUACAGAUGAGGUGACAGCCGUAGCUGUAAGCAUUAGACAUCUUUGCGUGAUGACCCAGAGAAGGCAGUGAUAUUCUUAAUGUGUUUGUGCUUGUGGCUGCAGGGGUAACAUAAGACAGAUGUAGCCAUGGUGAUGUCAGCCGUAGGUUUGUGAAGUCCUGUUGUUAAUCCUUGAGCUGAGUGUUUUUGCCAUCACCAUCUUGGUGCUUUUGAAGCCAGACCAAUGAGGUGUGGAUCUGACUGUGAAAUCACACUCUGACUGAAUAACCAAUGAGCACGUCCUGUAUAAUCCUGCUUAUGAGGAGUUUUAUCCGUAACUGAGCCCUUAAACUCCUCAGUAAAGUGUUUACAGAGAUCAGGGUGGAGGGAGGUCUUCUGUAGGACCUGAAGUCUUGUGUGAGCCGUAUGCAUCACCACCUGGCGGCCACUGAAAACAAUGCAGGUUUAAUGCUUGAGAAAUUAACCUUCAGCCCAAAGAGGUGAGAAAGGUCGGGGUGUUUAAGCCUGAAAUGAGUUCUUUUGAAUCCUCCAGUUCUGUAUACGAGGUUUGGGCUGAAUCUGCACUUUACAGGAACCUGGGUGGUGGCAAGACAGUUCUAAGCAAUUUGUAUUUACCUCUUCUGGGUUUCUUGAAUGCAGUCCAAGUGUAAGAAAGAAAAAUCACUUUGGUUAAACCUCUUGCUGCCUAUAAAAGCUGUGACACAGGGCUGUGGGUAGAGAACAUUUUAAUAACCGAGCCUUUAAACGCAUCUGUAAUAACACAGGAAACGUCCUGCCAGGUUUUAUGAUUGUAUAAUAAGCGACUGGAGUGUUUCUUCAGCAAAGCAAAACUGGCACAGACCACUUUGUUUACACGUCUGAUACAUUAUACAAGCCAUUUCUAUAAAGAUGCAGUGAGACUCAGUGGCCUGAAGGAAACCGGUACCACUGUGCCGCUUUCAUGCUCUCGCUAUGGCAACCUUUGAUCAUGUAGUUUAGCAGCUCGGCAUUGGUCAGAGACGGCCAUAAUUGAAGGUCUUUUGUAGCCUCAUGAAAGUAGAAAGCAGCUGUAUUUGAAGUCAUGCAGUGGCGUAUUGAUUUUCUCUGGGUCAAACCACUUGUUUGGCAAAGCAGAGACAAUGACAGCUCACAGCAUGAAGCACUCGCAGCGCUGAAAAGCUGUUUGUGCCAGAUGCAUAUGGCCAAGGGAAAAGAGAGCACACUAAAAAGACUAUUUACUCUUAGCAGGAAAGUCCAGCGUGCAAAACAGGAUCCAGCUGUUUUUUUAGUGCAGUGUUGAUGAACUAAGUGGCUCCGUGUUUUCUGCUAAAUACUCCAAAUUAUCUUUGGGCAAAGUGGAUAAUCGCUGACAGAGGAGCACUUUUUGUUUUCAUUUUUCAUGCUUAAGCUCACAGCAGGGGUUAAGUUACAAUUUUUGUGGUAUAUUUUACUGUUUCAAGUUUUAAGUUCAAAAGGCAAUCUCAGUGCUUUCCUGUCUGUUUAUGUUACAGUUACGUUCCAGCCAAAGACAUUAAAGCAGGAUUUUGUCUCAGCGUCGAGCAAGACGUGGAUCCAACUCCACUAAGCGUAAAAGGAUUCUUAAAUCGUGUACAUGUUCAGUCCUUUAGUGUCCAGCCUGGAAGCUUUUCUCUGACAGUAAACACAGGCUGUCUAUAACAGCUUUACAUACACAAUGUGAUGUUUGCGAACCCUCAAGCUGGAAUGUAGACUUCUGGCUUUGGCGAUUCAGGAAAAGCAAUCAGUACUUUUCCAGUGUGGUAACUACAGUAUUGCGGAAAAGUCACUUUAUAUUUUACUAGGAACAUGGCAAAGCAGCUAGUUAUUAGAAUAUAUGCAAACAUGCAUGGGUAUAUAAUAGUGCUGUCAGCGUUAAUCUCGUUAAAAUGACGUUAACACCAGAACCAGAACCAAAACAGAGUUUGUGCAAUUCUAACAAGCUUAAAAGUCAAUAUUUGUUAUGGCCACCUUUAUUCUUCUACACAGUCUGAACUCUCUGAGCCAUCUUCCGCGUCUUUCUUUAAGUAGUGUUCAGGAAUAGUUCUGCAGGCUUCUUGAAGGACAUUUAAAGCUCUUCUUUGGAUGUUGAGAUUCAAUGCGGCUGAGGUCUGAGGUCUGGGGAGGCCAGUCCAUGACGGGUAGUUUUGAUUUUACUGGAUUGGAUUACUGCAGUGUUUGGGGACUUUAUCCUGUCUUUCUUCUCUGUCCCCAAUCAGUUGCAGCAGUUGGCCCCGCCUGUCCCUGAGCCUGGUUCUGUAGGAGGUUUCUUCCUAUUAAAAAGGAGUUUUUCCUUCCCACUGUCACCUAAGUGCUUGUUCAUAGGGGUUCAUAGGAUUGUUGGAUUUUUCUCUGUAUGUGCUAUUGUAGGGUCUACCUUACAAUAUAAAGCGCAUUGAGGCAACCGCUGUUGUGCUUUGGCGCUGUAUAAAUAAAAUUGAAUUGAAUUUGCCAUGCUGAAAAAUGAACACAAAAUAAUCCCCAACAUCACUGACUGAAACACAGCCAGAAACCAUGGCAGAACCUCCGUCAUGUUUUACACUUGGUGUAGAAAACACAGUUUAUUUUGGGAUCAAGUUUGCUGUCUGUACGAACCUGUGACCACUGACAUUAACAUUAAUUUACAUAAUGCCUCAAAAAAAAACUUCAAACAUUUUCAAUAUGUUUGGACUGCUGUCAAAACACAUGUCAUUACCAGCAUAACAGCAGGUUUUUCACCCCCAUUUUCUAUCUCAUUUCUACUUUGGCAGCCGCUGGAACUAGAAAAUACAACUGUGGCGUUAGUAAUUGCACACAGGUUGGGCUGAGAUUGGAGAAAUUUCCCCAAAGAGCAGCAACAAGAAGCACGGAGCAGUUCUGACUAAAACGGACCAAAAUAUAGUGACACGACAUUCUUUUGACUCACACCCGCUCCUCUGCCUACUAGUAAUCGACUCCAACAGUAAUCAGAAGUCUCACGUUUUCAGAAUGGCCCGUGGUUUGUGUUUGAAGCAGAGCUCCAGCAACAGAGGCACACAGUGAUGAAGCAAAACAGAGGUAAUAAUCGUUACGCUGAACAAUGGCGUAAUGAAGCUCUGGAAUGAGAACAGGGCUGAAAACCCACAGCCCUGUCGUCCAUUGUUGAAGAAAUGCAUGAACACAGAGGGUGUUAAAACAUUAGUUAGUGCUUCUUUCACAAAAGACACUUAUUGUGCUGUGGAGAAAACCCUAUUAGAGCGGAGAGAUGAAGGAAACUAUUUCAGCCUUUUAUUCGUCUUCACAGCCUCUUUCAUUACGAGAGUUGUGGUUUUAUUCAGCGCUCGUUAUCCCUGACUGCUGUGUGUAAUGUCUUCCCUGUAAAAAUUUUCUCACCUUUUCCCUUGAUGGUAUCUGGAGCUGCAAGUGUACAGCUCAUUAUGCGAGCCCGGGAAAAAAGUGCUGAAAGUUAAGAAAAAGAAAGAGUUUUUGCACAUUUAUACAAUAAGACAAGUUAAUGCAUCGAGUUAGCAAAUUUGGCUACUAUAAUAUGUUUUUUGUUGUAGGUAGUUGAUUAUUGCAUCAACAGAUCAGCAGAGGAAACUAAGCCAGCAGCCUUUUGCGUAAUAAAUUAAUGGUGGAAACACUGAAGCCAGAUGAGGUUGUUGUUCAUGAGUGCUGCUUCCUGUCAGAGCCGUAAUUACAUUAUCAAACACAGCAAGCACGAAGCAAUUCGUUACAGCCAUUCAGAAAAAGCUCUUAAUUUGAAAGGAUUAGGGAUUCUUCUUUUUGACACUCCAGUUUUCUGCUGAAUAAUUUUAAGACUCGAACAUUAAUCAAGGCCGCACUGCUGGCAGCAAUAAUACAACACAAAUACAAGAAGAAUCAAAUAAUAGCACUCACGUGUAAACCACAAUUCAUUACAUUAUUUCACUGGCUCCAAUAUCUUCAUAAGCUUUCCCAAAAUAAUAAGCGUCUUUAUGCUCAGUCAGUGUAAGCAUCACUCAGUCUAACAAGGAUAUAAACAGGACGACAAGGACAAGGAAGUCGUCAUCUGACUGCAAGUAGUUGUAGCCUCAGUCUCGGGCUGUUCAGUAUAACGAUAUAUAUCGGAUGACGGUAUGAAAAAAUCUAUCGUUUCAUUUUACGCUAUCGUUUGUUUCAUGGUGUCGCAAAAUAA